CAACCUACAGUGACCAUGGAUCCUGGAGCCGGGUCUGAGUCAUCUCUGACUGUCAAUGAGCAGGUCAUCGUGAUGUCAGGCCAUGAGACCAUCCGAGUGCUGGAAGUUGGAGUGGAUGCCCAGCUCCCGGCUGAGGAAGAGGGGAAAGGACUGGAGGGUGUGGCUACCGAGGGCUCCCAGAACCAAGACCCUUCUGAAGCCAGAGAAAACGCUGGUGAAGCUGGGCCAAACAACCCAGACCAUUCCACAUGAAGUGAAAUCACUCCCAGGAAUCCCUCCGAGUCCUGCCCCUGCCAUUGCCACCUUCAGCCAAGCCCAAACCCAGCCUCAGGCAUCACAGACCCUGACGCCACUGGCUCUACAAGCUGCCCCCCAGGUCAAGUGGCUGGGCAGCAGGGGCUGGCCGUGUGGACAAUUCCUACAGCAACUGUGGCUGCCCUCCCAGGACUGACCGCUGCUUCUCCUCCGGGGGGAAUUUUCAAGCCACCUUUAGCCAGUCUCCAAGCAACUGCUGUGCUGAACACCGCCCUUCCGGCACCUGUACAAGCUGCCCCACCAAUCCAGGCUGCUUCACCAGCCCAGCCCCGGCCACCAGCCCAGCCCCAGACGUUGUUCCAGACCCAGCCGCUGCUACAGACCACGCCUGCCAUCAUACCACAGCCCACUGCUGCCACCGCUGCUGCCCCUCCCCCCAAGCCAGUGGACACCACCCCACAGAUCACCGUCCAGCCUGCAGGCUUUGCAUUUAGCCCAGGAAUCAUCAGUGCUGCUUCCCUUGGGGGACAGACCCAGAUCCUGGGCUCCCUCACUACAACUCCGGUCAUUACCAACACCAUUCCCGGCAUGCCAGGGAUCAGCAGUCAGAUCCUCACCAAUGCUCAGGGACAGGUUAUUGGAACACUUCCAUGGGUGGUGAAUUCAGCUAGUGUGGCAGCUUCAGCACCAGCUCAAAGCCUGCAGGUCCAGGCUGUGACCCCUCAACUGUUGUUAAAUGCCCAGGGCCAGGUGAUUGCGACUCUGGCUAGCAGCCCCCUGCCUCCACCUGUGACUGUCCGGAAGCCAAGCACGCCAGAGUCCCCAGCGAAGAGUGAGGUGCAGCCCAUCCAGCCCUCACCAGCUGUACCCCAGCCUGCUGUGGUCAUUGCUAGUCCCGCCCCAGCAGCCAAGCCAUCUGCCUCUGCUCCUAUCCCCAUCACCUGCUCAGAGACUCCUACAGUCAGCCAGUUGGUGUCCAAGCCGCAUACUCCAAGUCUAGAUGAGGACGGGAUCAACUUGGAAGAGAUCCGGGAGUUUGCUAAGAACUUUAAGAUCCGGCGGCUCUCCCUGGGCCUUACACAGACUCAAGUGGGCCAGGCUCUGACUGCAACAGAAGGACCAGCCUACAGCCAGUCUGCCAUCUGUCGGUUUGAGAAGCUGGACAUCACACCCAAGAGUGCUCAGAAGCUGAAACCAGUGCUGGAGAAGUGGCUGAACGAGGCUGAACUUCGGAACCAGGAAGGCCAGCAGAAUCUGAUGGAAUUUGUGGGAGGUGAGCCCUCCAAGAAACGCAAACGCCGCACCUCCUUCACUCCACAGGCCAUCGAGGCUCUCAAUGCCUAUUUUGAGAAGAACCCACUGCCCACUGGCCAGGAGAUCACAGAGAUUGCUAAGGAGCUCAACUAUGACCGAGAGGUAGUGCGGGUCUGGUUCUGUAACCGGCGCCAGACACUCAAGAACACCAGCAAGCUGAACGUCUUUCAGAUUCCCUAGGGCUCAGCCCCCAGCCCUGUGUUUCAGCACUUUGUACUCUUCCCUCAGCACCCAGCUGUUGUCACUGCCCUGACAGUCCUACGUGCAGCUGUGCUGGCCCUAGGUCAUGAGCCUCACCAUGUGCAUGUGUGUCAGUGCCUCCCUCUUCUCCCCCAACAUCUCUCACACCCUGGGAGGCAGAGAGACAGGACCACAUGAGAGCCCCAGGCUCUGGGCUCUAGGCACUCUGAAGGAGGGUAUUUGUGGUGUCUCUUGGAGAAGCACUUUGUAGACAUGGUUUCUGAAGGGCAAAUUUUAUGUCCCACCUUUGGGGCAGGGCUAUAGCACCUCCUGGGGUCCACUGGCAUUAGCUCUUGUUUUUGAUGACAUUCUCUUUCUACGCACCUCCCCUUUCUCCUUUGCUGCUCCUUUGUGCUACUGUGGCAGCUAAAACAACUCAUCCAGCCUCACACUGCCCUCUCCUACUUUGCAUACAGUUAUACUAAACCCCUCGAAGAACCCAAGAGAUGCAUUUAUCAAAGUGUAGAAGGUCAGAAGGUUUCCAAAGCGUGGGACAGAACAUGAGUCCUUCUUGUGGUUCAUUUGGUGGAGGAGAUGACAUUACAAUAGAAUCUUUUUCUUGUGUAACCCAUGUUGGAAGGAAGCAAGCAGUGAACUUUACCUGCUGCCUGGGUCUGCUGCUGUCCUGAAAUUUCCUAAUGAUAAGCCCAUCCUUCCAGAUUUUAAUCUAAUCUCUGCCCAUGGCCAUCUGCCCACACAAAAAAAGAGUUUGAGUUGGAAAAUAUUACCCUAGUUAAGCAAGAAAGCAAUCCUGGAGGGAAAAAAAAAUGAGGAAAAGAAUGCUUUCUCUCUACCAUUAUUCUCAUACCCAACUGGGAAUGAGUACUGGGAACUUUAAACAGACAACAAGGC